GUCCUGAUGUCAGGGUGACAUGGCGCUGCAAAUCAUGAGGCGAUUUUUCUGCCACCUCCUGUGCAGAGAAAACAGUUUUCUUCGCCUGAUGACUGGCCAGUGGUGGGGUGGCUUUUUGAAAAAGGAAAGUUCUGGCCUGGACUGUGCUCAGGACGCGUGCAUUUUGCCUUUCCUAAGUGAUGAACUGCUCAGAAAGGAGGUGCCUGGUGGCCCCGUUGAUGUCCGAGCGCUCCCCACCCUCCUCACUUCUGGAGGAGCCCGGAAAUACUCUAGACACAAUUUUGGAGAAGAGAAUGCAAAGGGCUUACAAAAAGAGACCGCUUCUGCCCGCUUCUCCAGAAGAGGCACAGCGACUUGUUGAGUUUGUGUGUGGUGUUUCCUUUUUCUGCCACCAAACUAGGUGUUCCUAUUGUGUGGGAGGUGAAAAACAGCGCCCAACUCUAUUAAUAAGUAAAGCAACUGAAACAAAGGGAAAAUUGAAUCCCCGUUUUGCUUUUUCUGCUCAUUACAUCCAGUUAAUAAAGGAGGCUUACAAAUCCAGCAGAGAUCUGUUUGCAGGAACUAACAGAAGAAAAUAAACAAACAAAUGAAAACAAAUCCGAUGGAGAAAUGUGAUCACUGAUUAAAUUGUGUUUGCAGUGCCUAAAGCCAGAUGAACGAUUCAUUCACUGUAAGUCAGAAGAUGACUGUACCAAGCGUACCAUUCGCUGUAUGGGAAAUCUACAGCUACUCUAGAAAGUGAAAUAGGAGUGCCUGUUCUUAUCCCUUACUUGACUGCCUCGUAACUGCAAGUGCUGUAAGAGCUUCAGAAGGGUGGAAACCAGUAAAAAAAAAAUUCCAAUUGUGCAUCAAAAUUUAUGCCUAUUAAUUCUGAAAUAAGCACGAUAGUCUAAAUGUCAUAAAAUUCUUUCUACUUGGUAGCUGCGUAAAAGUUGAUUUUGAAACAGCAAAACCUAAUCUUCCUAUUAUGUGGCAAUUCUCCUUCCUGAAGCUGGUCACAAUAUUUGCUUUAUUGUUGGCUUUCUCUAAAUAUGAUUACACACUCACC